GACUGAUUUCACGAAUCAAUAUCACAUUAUUCCCAGGGAGUGCGGUUUUCAUAUCGGUACCUAUACACACAUUCAUCGUUCGACUCACUGUCGUAUAAAGAAAGGAGAUAGUGUGUGUGUAUGUGUACGUGUGUGUAAAAUAAAGGAAAAGAAAAAGCCUACACGUGCACAACGCAAAAUGUCUCUAAUUAACAGAUUUAUGAUCAUUGCCAAUCGAAAAGCUCAUUACAACAAUUUAUAUCAUGUAUGUAAAUACUCAACGAGUUUCAAUGAAAGGCAAGAUGAUCCUAACAAUUCGAUUACGAAGUCAGUAUUCAUAUCGCAGUCCACAGAUAUAUUCACCAAUUUAGCGUUAGAAGAUUGGUUUUAUAGGAACCAUAAUUUAAAAAAUCAUCACAUAUUACUUUUAUGGUGCAACAAUCCGUGUAUAGUAAUUGGACGCCACCAAAACCCAUGGAUUGAGCACGACUUUAAACUGGCUGAAAAACGCGGUAUAGUGCUGGCGCGACGUAACAGUGGUGGCGGUACUGUCUACCAUGAUACUGGUAAUUUGAAUCUGUCUUUCUUCACACCGCGGGAAAGGUAUAAUCGGAAAUACAAUUUGGACAUCAUUACCAGAGCUCUGUACCGAGAAUGGGGUCUAGAAGCAGAGGUUAAUAAACGCGAGGACAUCAUUAUCGAAGGAAAAUACAAAGUAUCCUUUCAUAUAUCUGGUACUGCAGCGAAAUUAGGACGGCAUAACGCAUAUCAUCACUGCACGCUCUUGGUGAAUGUAAACAAAACAACUUUAGGCUUGGCUCUUGAGAAGAAAGAGGAUGGUAUAGAAACAAAUGCUACAGCAUCCACGAGAUCUCCAAUAAGAAAUUUAAUUGACGUAAAUUCUCACAUUCAAAUGGACAAACUUAUUACUGCUAUUGGCUGGGAAUAUCUUCGCACUAAGGCUCUCGUUUUAGAAGACGGUGGACAGAAUCUCAUUCAACGUCAAAAAGGAUUUCAAUUUAUUAACCCCACCGAAGAUUGGUUUCCAGGGCUAGACGAAUUAACAAGUCAGUUUCGUUCGUGGGAAUGGAAUUUUGGUAAAACACCAAAAUUUCUAGUAACACGCGUUGUAGACGUUCCUACUCAAGACAACAAAGUACAUCAAUUUAGAUUAACGCUAGAAAUCCAAAAUGGUAUCAUCGAGGAAAUCAAGAUUAGGCUACCAGCCGCUUUGGUAUCGAAUGAGUUUAGUCAAGAUGCGAAUAUGAUAACUAAUUUACGGGGUACAAAAUAUGAUCACGAAGUAAUAGAAAAUAUAAUAACUACGAUUGGAUGUAAGACCGUUACGCUAAGUACGAGUCAAAAACAAGAUAAAAGUAAUAUGAUUGCUACUCAAUGAUGUAAGCCAACGAACAAUCAUAAUGAUUGUGUUUAAAUUGUUAUGUUUAAAGCGAGACUCAAGUUAUUGUAUAAUAAAUCGCACAAUUAGCCUAAGCUAAUUUGUGCUUUUACUUAUAAACAUAUUGUUACUAAUUGUUGUUACAUGCAUGUAAUAUACUGUAAUAUAAAUGACAAA